AAGAUUGGCCUAGUAGCCCAGAAGCACUCUGAAAAUGGCUCUCUUUUGCAACUUCUCCAUUUUCCCAAAACCCUUCGUUCCCUCUUGCUCUUCUCAGAAAACCCAGUUCUCUAACCAAAACACCAAGCAAGACUCCAUUUUCAGAAUCAAAGGACCUGCAGCUCUGUCAGGCCACAUUACCAUAAGUGGCUCAAAAAACUCUUCUUUAGCCCUCUUAGCUGCCACUCUCUGCUGCUCAGGCAGUUCACUUCUGCACAAUGUUCCCAAUAUCUCCGAUAUCCAGGCCAUGGCUUCCAUCCUGAGCUUUUUGGGUGCUAAAGUUGAGUCCUUUGAUGGGAAAAUGAUGGUUAACAGUGAUGGAGUUGACAAAGUGGAGGUGGAUUCGGAGGAAAUGAAGAAGAUAAGAGGUGGGUUUUUCGUUAUAGGGCCAUUGCUGGCCAGGUUUGGUGAAGUUGUCGUGGCCUUGCCUGGCGGUUGUGAUAUUGGAAAGAGGCCUGUGGACCUCCAUCUUCGAGGGUUAAGAGCUCUUGGUUCUGUUGUUGAACUGAGGGAUGGGAAAGUGUGGGCACAUGCUGCAAAUGGAAAAGGAUUGGUUGGGGGAAGAUUCCGACUUGAUUACCCGAGUGUUGGGGCAACUGCAACUCUUAUGAUGGCAGCAUCCAUGGCUGAUGGGAUAACCGUGCUUUCAAAUGUGGCCAAAGAACCAGAGGUGGUUGAUAUUGCUCAUUUUCUGAACCACAGUGGGGCAUUGAUCGAAGGGGCCGGGACUGGCACUCUUGUUAUCUGGGGAAAGAGCCAACUCUAUGGUUCAGAAUGUGUUAUUAGACCGGAUCGAAUCGAAGUUGGCACCUUCAUGAUUGCUGCAGCAAUUACUCGCUCAUGCAUCUCAAUGUCCCCUGCCAUUCCUUCCUCUGUUUCAUGUUUGAUCGACAAACUCUCAGAAGCUGGCUGCAAAAUUUCACAGCUUGAUCAGCACACACUACGGGUUUCAGCUGUUCCUGCAUACGUUGGUGAUGAUUUGAGAGGUUUCGGUAUUAAGACUAGUCCAUUUCCAGGAUUUCCAACAGAUCUGCAGCCUCAAAUAAUGGCACUUCUCACUACAUGCACUGGUUCAAGCUUGGUGGAGGAGUCCGUGUUUGACAACCGUAUGACUCAUGCAAGGGAACUGCAGAAGCUCGGUGCGAGAAUUCAGGUUAGCAAGAGCAGCGCGAUAGUUUUUGGUAAAGACGAAGGAAGUUCACUGUGUGGCUCUCCUGUUAUUGCAAGGGACUUGAGAGGUGGGGCUUCACUUAUAUUGGCAGGAUUGGCUGCAAAAGGAACCACUGAGAUCCAUAAAAUUGAACAUAUUGAGCGAGGCUAUGAGAAAAUAGAUACCAAGCUUCAAAUUCUAGGAGCUGAUAUCGAAAGAUCAACACCAUUGCCUGUUCUAGUAUAACUUCUUACUUCUCAAAUCAUGCAACCAUUACAAGGAUUUGCAGGCCACAAUUCAAGAAUAAAAGGAUGGAUUUCAAUUGUCUAUAUCCAUCCUUGUUGCAACAUAUGCAGCUUUGUAAAAUGACAAUAAUGUGAUAUUAAU